AUGACCCGGCGAUUCGUUGCUGAGCCGGUCGUCGAACGAACCUUUUUCAGUAAUAGUGACUCUGAUUUUAUUGAAGUGGAUGAUGGUUUGACAAGCUCACUUCGAAUGACGGCAGUUGCGGACAAAAUUCCUCGCAAGUCUGUUGAUCAUUUUGACCAGAACACGCUUGAAAAUCGGACAUUUCAGUUUAAAAAGCAUGACGCAAAACUCAUUGCAUUCUCUCUCACUGAAAUUCGUCUCCUUCUCUUGGCCAUAGAUUGUCUAAUUAUUGCCUACAGAUUCUACCACACUUACCUGAUUCUGCGUCAGAUUUGGUUUGGACAAAAAAUGUUCAUCGAUGCCUCGGGUGUCGUUAGUUUUCCAUCAACCUCAUUCGUUGUGCCCAAAAAUGUACAUCCAUUCCACGAAUUUAGAACACCGAAUUUAGAAUUCCGAUCAAACAGAAUGUCACUCGGUGAAAAUGAAGCGGAUAAGAAACGCAGGAAGUUCGCUUUAAGAAAUUGUACACCAAUCUCGGAUAGGAAGGAAGUUCUUUCGACCGCUGCGCUUCUGGACGAGUUUUCAGUCGGAGAAAAUCGAUACGAAUGUCUGCACGAACAUACGGAAAAUGAA